AUGGGCGGUAAAGAAUCAGCUUGCUCUUGUUCGAGUUUAUGGUUAGCUCCCAAUCCAAGCAAGAGAUGGGGGGAGCUCUUCUUCCUUCUCUACACUCCUUUCUGGCUCACUCUCUGCUUGGGAAUUGUCGUGCCCUUGAAGCUCUACGAGAGCUUUACGGAAUUGGAGUAUUUGCUGAUUGGAUUGGUUUCAGCAGUCCCUGCUUUCUUGUUGCCAAUGCUCUUCGUUGGGAAGGCAGAUAGCAGCUUGUCUUGGAAGGAUCGUUAUUGGAUCAAGGCCAGCCUGUGGAUAAUAAUUUUUAGCUAUGUUGGGAAUUACUUUUGGACCCACUAUUUCUUCACAGUUUUGGGAGCUUCGUAUACUUUCCCAUCAUGGAAAAUGAACAAUGUACCACACACUACCUUCCUUCUUACACAUGUUUGCUUCCUAUUUUAUCAUGUCACAUCAAACAUAACGCUUCGCAGACUACGCCAUUUUACUGCUGAAUUGCCAGAACGAGUUCAAUGGGUUACUGAGGCUGCAUGGAUUUUGGCUCUUUCUUACUUCAUAGCAUACCUGGAGACUGUAGCUAUUUCUAAUUUCCCUUACUAUCAGUUUGUCGACCGGGCAUCUAUGUACACAGUUGGGUCCUUGUUUUAUGCCAUCUACUUCAUUGUUAGCUUUCCCAUGUUUCUAAGGAUUGAUGAAAAGCCUGGCAAUCCAUGGGACUUGCCUAGGGUGGCUAUCGAUGCUUUGGGUGCUGCAAUGCUAGUGACUAUAAUAUUAGAUCUGUGGCGCAUCUUUCUGGGACCUAUUGUUCCAAUCCCAGAAACAGAACAGUGUCUUCAACCCGGACUACCAUGGUUCCCGGGACAUGAUGAUCAACGUUGA